AUGAAAACUAUUUUACUUGCUGUGUUGUCGUUCUGCGUUCUCGGUAUAUCUGCGCUUCCGUCUCCAGUCAGAUUUCUAGGUCCGCCUAUUAAAAACGACGGCACUAACAAUGGCGGUAACUAUGGUGGUGGUUUUGGUGGGCCCAGUGGAGGUGGUACCUGUUGCCCAACGUGUAUGUGCGCGGAGCCUAUUACUGGUGAUCAAGAAGGCCAGAUCUCUCUUGUGAGAACAGGCGUUAUCGUAUCACCCGAAGGGACAAAUUUCAGUCAAGCAAGAGCAUUUCCUACAGUAGACGGAACCUACGGAAUAACAUUAACCGCGCAAACUAACAGAGUAAAAAUUUACAAUCCACUGUUCCUUUAUCGCCAAAUUGUAAUAUUCAAUAAUGAGACUGUGGGACAAACAGAAUCAGCGUUUAUGAAAGUCGCUUUCUAUUCAACAGGCUCGAUCCUGGAUAUUGACCAAUUUACUAUCGAAGCCGAUCACAGUCUUUCCGUGAACCAAUCGUGGAUUUACAAAAUUCGUCCAUUAUAUUACGGCGGGUACAUGACGCUUAAUUUGAAUACAACUGCAUCCACGCUCACUGGACCCAUUUACGAUUGCGACUCAAAAUUUGUUUCAAAUUGGCAAAUUCCUGAUGCUAUGCCAUUACAAGGGUUCGUUGGUCAAGGACUUCUGCCGAAUGUGGGCUCAAAUGAUCCAAAUAAAAUCACGUGUAUGAUUCUACCAACUACGUAUAGCCUCCCAAAUGCUAAAUAUUAUGUUGUGUUCGGUAAUAACUUUGCUAAAACUGCUGGUGUAAAUGAACCUCUAUAUGAAAUCAAGACUUAUUUAUGGAACUUCACAACAGAAUCAGUUGAAGUUGAUGUGGAAUAUGUUAGUAAGCCCGCUCUAUCGCUAAUGAGACUAUCGCACGAAGGGUCAACUUUGUUCAAAAAUCUCACCUACUCUGAAAAGAAGAGAUUUUUUGACGGAAUACAAAACUCGCUAGCAGAAAUUUUGCCAGUUGAUCCUAGUCGGAUAGUUCCAACGUACAAGUCACAAGCAGACCAGACUAUAAGGACUUACAGCUUUUACAAUUUAGGGUGUUGCCCGUCAAAGAUUUACGACAACCUAAGGUUAAAAUUCGGGCUGGGAUUAUGUAUAAGUUUGAAAGUAAAAAAGUUUUUGUAUAUGACAGGAUUAUCAAGUGAUAAUUAUACGAAGUAUUCAGAUGAACUUAUGGAUUUCAAGAAACAC